CCUUAUCUUUCUUUCUCCGCUUUUCCUUCCUAUCCUCCCACUUCUUCCUCCUCAUCAUCUCAGUCUCAUAUUUCAAAAUUAUAUAUAUGUACUAUUACCUAUUCCAUACCAGUACAAUAUACACCUUGGACUCAGAGAAAACAAAGCUAUCAGAAUCAGUUAUAUUUUGAAGCUGAAUUAUAUAUAACAAGACACAAGACUGAAGAAAGUGUUUGGAUGAUGAGAAUGGGAUCUAAUUCUCUCAAACAAGGAAGAAACCAUGAUGGGAUCAUAUAUGAGGAGGAGGAGGAGAUAGAAGCUGAUCAUGUUGGAAUUGAUUCAUCUCCUUCUCUUUCUGAGGUUUCUUGUAGUGUUGAAUCUUUGCAGUCAGGUUUAAUGGAGGAUGAUGAGGCAACUUCUUCUUCUUCUUCUUCUUCUUUGGCUGGUGGUCCAUUGCAUGACAUGUCUUCUCUCAUGCAACAUUUACCCUUGAAGAGAGGGCUGUCAAAUUAUUUUCAAGGGAAGUCACAGUCAUUCACUUCUCUAUCAAAUGUGAGGUGCUUGGAAGACCUUGUCAAACCAGAUAACCCUAAUAAUAAGAAGUUGAAAUCAUGCCAAAGCUAUGGAGGAUUAUCAUCAGAUCAAUCUCAUCAGAGCCACAGAUCAUCAGCACCAUCAUCAUCAUCAUCAAACCACUUUCCAAGAACUAUCACUGCUUCCUCCUCCUCCUCCUCCUCAUCAAGGUUCAUAUCAAGAAAGGCAAUGCCUAGGGGAUCAUGUUCUUCACUUAGUGCAAAGAGGACUGCUAGCUUCCUUGCCAACAGACCCCCCAUUCCCCCUCCCCAUCCUCAUCCUCAUCCUCACGGAUCUACUGGCACAAGUAGCUUUUCUAAUCAGACCCCUUUGUUUGCUUGAUGUCAUUUGGGAAUUUGAUCUGUAAUCUCUUAUCUAUAGGCAGUACUAUAUGUAAGAAUCAUGCUAUUUGAUCUGUAAUCUCUUAUCUAUAGGUAGUACUAUAUGUAAGAAUCAUGCUAUUUGAUCUGUAAUCUCUUAUCUAUAGGCAGUACUGUAUGUAAGAAUCAUGCUAUUCAACAGAUUAUUUCCAACAUUUCGCAAUGGCGGAUUAUUGUAGGAGAGGGAAAUACCUUGCGAUAGUAAAAAGAUAUAAAAAAUAAUCCAAGGGGUUGUGGCA